AUGGCCAUCGAAGCCGACAAGCUCGCCGCCGAGAAACUUGAAGCCGAGAAAAAGGCCGCCGAGGACACCGCUGCCGCCGCCGCCACAAGAGAGUUUAUCAAUCUAACUUCUCACUGUGAGCGAAGGAGUUUCAGUUCACACUUCUCAACCGAGGAGCUGCUGCCCGAGGACCCCGCGGCCAAGCCCCCUUGGCCCUCCACCUCCUCCUCCCUGCGCCGCCGCCUCAGCGUGCGCCUCGGCGAGAUUGGCGUGCGGGCCACCGCACCCGACGCCCACCACAAGUCGUCGUUCCACCACCGCCUGCCCCGCCGCGGCACCCGGACGACACCCUCGAACACUCCACGGUGCCCAACGCCGACGCGGAUACGGCCCCAGGCCCGGCCAGCGCCGCCCGCGCACGGCCUGGAUCCCAGCGCCUCACGGGGCCGACGGGUACGAGCUACGAGGAGGAGGGUAGAAAAUUUGUUGGCUCAAGAUCAAUUGGGACUGUUUGGAUCGUUGAAUUUAGGAAUAUAUGAGGCAUUUGAAUUAAGAGAUGGAGGAUUUGCUAACGUUGCGAAAGGUUUGCAAAAUGAUGGUGAUAUGCGAUGCUGGAGCAAGGAGCAGAGAGAUUUCAAAGGGACGUGCUGACGCAACACGCAGGUGGAUCUGACGAGUGGAGCAAACAGAUGUUGCGGAUGGAAGCAAGAGAAACUUAAGCUGCUGAUAAUGAAGAUGAAAGAACAAAUGAAGCUGCUAUGGAGGAAAAUUAAAGCAAACUGAAGAGUAUAUAAAGGGAAAGGGAACAAAAAGAAAAAAUAAGCAAUGUUUUGAUGCGUGUGGGGGAGUUUUGCUACUGAAGCUUGCAGCAUUGGAGUGUCCAGCAAUCAAGAGGAACUUUUGUUGUGUUAUUGACUUUGCGUUGGUUUUUGAGUUGUUGGCCUACGAUUUAGACUAGCUAGCUCUUUGGUUCUCAUCGGUUGUCGUUUUACUUGUGCUGUUUAGCAUUUUGCGGCAGCUGACUUCUUUAUCUUUGUAGCACCUGGAUGCUGUUACUUUUGUUCCGUUAUCGUCUGAUAGUGGAACCCAGUCCCUUGUUUUGGGUGUCAUAUGGAAAAAAACAUGGAUAGCGUGAGGGCCUGAGAAAACCUGUUGUCCUUGGGAGAUGCCAGGGAGUAUUCUUCAA